CACCAUUCCCCCCGCCUCUCCCUGCGGUCGCCGGAAACAUCCUUUCCUCUCUCUGAAGAAAACCAUUUUCUUUUUCUGUAGCUUUUUAUCAUCUCCUUUUUUAGCUGCCAAUCCAUAUAUUAUUAUUAUUAUUAUUAUUAUUAUUAUUAUUAUUAUUCUUUUCUUGCUUUUCUAGGCAUUAUCCAAAGGUUUUGUUUCAGCUUCAGAAAAUGGGGAAGAAAGGAAGCUGGUUUUCUGCAGUGAAAAAAGUUUGGAGUUCUGAUAACAAGAAGAAAGACAAGUUUGAUCAGGAGGCACAAUCUAGAGGGGUUGAAACCGAGAAUACAGAAAGCUUGGAUGAUUCUCCCAAGGGAGAAACUGCUUUGUUGAAUCCUUUACCCGAAACGAUGACAACAACAACGGGAGCAGAUGACGACGAUGAGCAGAGCAGGCAUGCUUACUCUGUCGCUUUCGCCACCGCCAUUGCUGCAGAAGCGGCGGUGGCAGCUGCUAAGGCCGCCGUGGAGGUGGCUCGCCUCACGUCUGUAGCCCGCAGCUCACGUAUAUCAAUGGAAGAGAUGGCUGCUAUCAAGAUUCAGUCGGUUUUUCGGGGCUACCUGGCAAGGAGAGCACAUCAGGGCCAAAGAAAAUUAGUGAGGUUGAAAUCAAUGAUCUCUGAGAGAUCUGUCAAGCAACAAGCCAUGACAACCUUAAAGUGCAUGCAGAAUAUUGCUAAACUGCAGGCCGAGGUUCGUGCCAGAAGAAAUAGAUUGUCCGAGGAGAACCGGACACUCCAUAGACAGCAACAGCAGAAGCCCGAGAAAGAACUCGAGAAGUCAAAAACACUUCCUCCUGGAGGCAAGUUUGAUGUCAGCACACAUACAAAGGAGCAGAUCAAAGCAAAAAAUGACAGCAGGCAGGAGGCAGCCAAGAGAAGGGAAAGGGCACUGUCAUAUGCUCACACACAUCAGAUGAUGAGGAGGGGGUCCUUGAAAUCCACAACGAAUCAAAAGGUGAUGGAUCCGAACAAUCCAGAAUGGGGUUGGAGUUGGUUAGAAAGGUGGAUGGCUGCCAGGCCAUGGGAUGACAGAAUUGCAGUGAUGAAAGAACUUAGCAGCAAUAAUGACACUGCACCUGUUAAGACUGCCCCAAAAGUUAAUGCCAGGUCUAGUAAUAAGGAGCUUAGGGAUGACCCUCUUCCUGUUAAGGCUACCCCAAAAGUUAAUGCCAAUUCUGCUAACAAAGAACCUCUUCCUGUUAAGACUGCCCCAAAAGUUAAUGACACUAAGAGCUCUGCAACCCCCAACAUGCAAAGAUGCCCACCUGCUACCCAGCAAUUGCCUCUAAAUACAGCCACCACACUGCCUGCUGCAGCAAGAUUGACAGUGGAGGUGAUCCCCAAGGGAAGCCAUGAAAACGACGAUCCAAGAAGCAAAACCAUUGUGAACCUGAGCUCCAAGGGAAGCCAUGAAAACGACAAUCCGAGAAGCAAAACCAUUGUGAACCUGAGCUCCAAGGGAAGCCAUGAAAACGACAAUCCGAGAAGCAAAACCAUUGUGAACCUGAGCUCCAAGGGAAGCCAUGAAAAUGACGAUCCAAGAAGCAAAAUCAGUGUGAAUCUGAGCUCCAUGGGAAGCCAUGAAAACGACGAUCCAAGAAGCAAAAUCAUUGUGAACCUGAGCUCCAAGGGAAGCCAUGAAAAUGACGAUCCAAGAAGCAAAAUCAGUGUGAAUCUGAGCUCCAUGGGAAGCCAUGAAAACGACGAUCCAAGAAGCAAAACCAUUGUGAACCUGAGCUCCAAGGGAAUCCAUGAAAACGACGAUUCAAGAAGCAUAACCAGUGUGAACCUGAGCUCCAAGGGAAGCCAUGAAAAUGACGAUCCAAGAAGCAAAAUCAUUGUGAACCUGGGCUCCAUGGAAAGCCUUGAAAACUAUGAUCCAAGAAGCAAAACCAUUGUGAAUCUGAGCUCCAAGGAAAGCCAUGAAAAUGACGACCCAAGAAGCAAAACCAGUGUGAAUCUGAGCUCCAAGGGAAGCCAUGAAAACGAAGAUUCCAGAAACAACCCCAGUGAGAAUUCAGAGAAUUCCAGGAGGCAUAGCAGUGUAGAGGCAAUAGAAAGAGAGUGUGAUCACACUCCAAAUGCAAGGCCACAGGUCAUUGGUAAUCCCACUUUUAUGGCACCAAUGGAAACAACAAAAGCUAGACCAAGAAUGGCGGCGCCAUUGUUGGUCUUAGAGAAGAGACAUGGAACUCUGGAGAAGGGUGGUUCUGCAAAGAAGAAGCUGUCUUCCCAUGGAUCCACAAGGAGGCAUUCUGCUCCCCCAGCCCUGAUAUAACCUCCAUUAAUGGUUAAAUUAUUUUAAAACCCCAUCUUAUGACUGAAGAGGCUAAUUGAUUGAUCAAUUUAGAUGCAAAUUUAUAUGUUUCUUUCUUCUCCAGCGACUGAAUCCAAGCACAUUGAAGAACAGUAAUUGAUUUGUGUUUGUAUUUUCCAAUGGGACAACUUUUUGUUUUCCUGCAUA